UGUUUUCUUUUUGGUUGAUCAGUUGAAAAUUGAAUUUCUAUUUUUCCUGUUUUCUAAUUACAUCAUAGUUUAAUUACUUUUAAUUAUUUUUGCUUUUAAUUGUUAAUUUAUUGCUGUUCUUCAUCUUGGUCUCAUGGAUUUAAAUAUAAUCAUUGAAAGAGAUUCUGUUCGCGAUAAUCGUGAUACUAUUUUGGAGAAGGUGAAACGAUGUGUUAAACUUGGAUUAAAAGAAAUUGCUCUUAAUGUUUGUAUCGAUGGAGCAAAUCAACUUAACUCGAUUCCUUCACCACCGCAAUUAUCUUCCUAUAUGAUUGAAGCAAUUGGUGAGAGGAGAACAAUCAAAUUGUAUACUAGGUUAACUGUUUCGGUUGAAGAUGGUCUUCACUUACAUAAGAUUGGACAAUCGCCUGUUGUUAAACUCUAUGAUCUCCUGGCACUUGAAUGUAAAACCGAAAAAGUUUUAACCCAAAUUCUUGGUGGUGGUUUUGAUUGUGAUAUUCUCACUUUUGAUUUUACUGAGAAAUCAAAUUUCAGUUGGAGAAAAGCUAAUUUUAGUCUACCAAUUACCAGAGGUAUUCUUCUUGAAAUUAAUUACUGUCAAGCCUUUUCAUCGCAAAGUAAUCGACACAAUUUUUUCAGCAACUCGCAAAAUUUAUCAAGGAAAACCAAAGGAAAGAAUAUCCUAUUAUCCAGUGGGGCAACCAAUUCUAUGUUUCUUAGAGGACCAUAUUGUGUAAUUAACUUAGGUCUAUUAUUUGGUCUUGUUGAGCAUCGAUCGAAAGAUGCUGUUUUCAUUAAUGGAAUAAAGGCCAUUCGACAUUCAGAAAUUCGUAAGAAUCCGGCCACCUCGGCGAUAACUUUAGUCGAUAAAUUGUUACCAAACGAAGAAUGGGUUAAAAAAGAGCUCUUGGUCACAACCGAAGUGACCAACAACCAAAUGCAAGUUGAAGGAGAAACACAACAAGAUCAACAGAUGAGAUCAUCACCAGAAAAUAGUAAUUGUUCAGAUCCAAAAAAAACUAAAAUAAAUUAAGAUUAAAAUGAUUAAAAAAAUACGAUUUACGACUAGAGAAGUAGAGAAAGAGAGUGAGAAAGGUAUAAACACAAAUUUGAACUAAGAUGAUUUAAAAAAGAAAAGGAAAAUAAAAUGAUGAAUAUUUUUUGAGAAA